AGAAAUUGGAUUGCUUUUCUAUGAGUCACACUUUUUCCACCUUCUCCUUUUUCAACCGACCAAACUUCCCCAAAAUCUCUCCAAUCCCAAAUACUCCCCAAGCACUCCGAUCUACCCAUGGCUUCCAUGACUAUCACACCCGCAUAUUUCGGAGGCUCAGCCGCCGUCUCCAAGGGCCCCACCGCCCUCCGCCGCGGGGUCGUACCCGUCAGGGCAACGAAGGAGGCGUCGAACGCCGCCGCCGAAGAGAUCGGAAAGGGGAGGAGGGAUUUGGUCUUCGCCGCCGCUGCCGCGGCGGCGUGGUCGGUGGUGAAGGCGGCGGCGGCGGAGGAGGAGCCGAAGCCCGGGACGGCGGAGGCGAAGAAGAAGUACGCUCCGAUUUGUGUGACAAUGCCCACCGCCAAGAUUUGCCGCAAGUGAGAAACCUAAUUAUUAUUUAGACCGCUCUUCUCUUCCUCCGUAUGUUGUUGUAAUUGGGUUCAUAACAAUGGCUGUAAAACCUUUGCCUUUUUUUAUUCAAAAAACAAAAUCUAUUUUAUUAGGUUAAUCUUCUUUUUAAAUUGCUAAAUUCUUAAGUGGACCUAAAAUGCAUCAAAGUUUUCAUGAACUAGCAUAGCUUCAUAAUAAUUUUCUGAUUAUGAU